CUUAUGCAACCACUUUCUAAUUUUUUGACGGAACCAGUGCCGAGUAAUACAGAACUGAAAAGAUUCUGGAACAAGAAAUGGAACCUAGUUAUUGAAAAUGCAAAUCGCAGAUGCUACCCUAUCAUAAUCUGUUACAGUGGCAUUAAAAAUGCACGGGCAUGGUUCUAAACUCAGAUUCUUUCCGUGAUUUGUGUUUUAAAGUAAGUUUUGUAAAUUUCUUCAAAGCCUCCACCACUCUCCAGAAUCGAAGUGUUGUAGCUUGCCUCUGAGGUGCACUUGCAGUCAUCAUGGGCCUGUAUAAUACGAAAAUAGAAAUAAAAAGGGUUGUUAAAAAAAAAAAAUUCCUGUUGCCCGAUACGUUUUACAUUACCAAACGUAUACGUACGAUUCUACUAAUGGUUGCUGUCCUCUACCUUGUCGAACAUACUGAUUUAUAAUUGUUUUGAUACUCAAAUGGAUUGCGAUUUGUCUUAUUUGAAGGUUUUGUGAGGUGCCGUAUCGUCAAGACCAGGAGAAGAAAACCGAUUAUUCGCUUUCGUUGGCCCAUUACAACCAACGGUGAUAUUGAAGGCUAUUUGUUCGUACUUUUUCCCUGUUGGUUCCAUUCUGAAUUCAUAUCCCUUUCAGGUUUGGUUGUUGAUCUGUAUUAGCAUUUUCGUCGUAGUCAGCGUGAUGACUUUUUUUUUUCUUGGAUGUAUCAACGGAAUGUGAAGACUCUUCGACUACCAUUGAUUCAGAAUCAAACAGCCAACCCAAAGAAGUAAGCAAUAUUUCGCAGCAAAGAAGUCUUUUUACUUCAUUUGGAUUUCAUAUGAUCUACGUGGUGAACAUCAUGACGAAUCAAGGAGGGAGUGAAGCUUUCAGUUAUUUGUCGUUCCGAAUUAUGACGGGAAUUUGGGUUCUCUGCGCAACGGUGCUAGUUAAUUCUUAUACUGGAAUUGUGAUUUUAUCGCUUACAAAGCCACGUAUGAAGCCCACCAUCAACUCGUUCGAAGAUUUGGCAGCAAGUAAAGAAGUUUUAAUAGUUUUUAGGCACGACACGGCGAUGGGAGAACAAAUAUUGAAAGCGACCUCUGGUGUUUAUGAGAUUCUUGGAGACCAAGCCCGUAGCAAUCCCGAUCACAUUGUUGGCGAUCCAUUUAAGUUAAACGCAUUGUUGGAAACCGGCCGAUAUGCUUACCCGUUUUUUUCAACAUUUAGCUAUUCGUUUGUCGGUUCACAAUAUAGAAAAGAAAAGAAAUGCCGAUUCAAGACAUCGAAAACUCUUUCCGCAUCAACUGGUUCUUAUUCAUUCCUCUUCAAGAAGGGAAGUUCUCACACAUCGGUGAUGAGCAGAGCGUAUGUAAUUCUUGAAAUAACAACCCAAUGUUUUAAACGGUGAUUUUAAAUAAGCUUUUUUUUUUUUUUUUUUUUCUAAUUUCUUUUCCAAUUGGUUAUCACCAACAAAAUAUAAGUAGUUUAAUGUUGUUUUUUAUUGCUGACAAAAGAAAAACAAAAAGGAUUAUUUACUUUAUUUUUUUAUUUGCGUGGACUUGUUUGAGUUUGGCCUUCCUCGUCACUGAGUGUACAAUACCGAGGGCGGAGAAGUGUUUCGCAGACUUAAAAGCGAAGUCUCUCGCGAAGUUCCGAUCGAACUCACUGAUCUAACAAGCGUCUUUUUAAUUCUAGGCAUUGGUACUGGACUUGGAUUCUUGACGUUUUUGGUUGACCAGAUUUAUUCAAACUACAAAAAGCACAGAUAUCGUUAGUUGGCGUUAAUUUAAAAAAAACUACUUCAGUUCGAUGGUAAGCUUGCUUAGUGGAUGUUUCAUUAGUAACUCUUAUUUUACAAUUUGAAAGUAAGUUUGAGCGUAGGCGAGAAAUUGCGUUAGAUCGUAGUGAAGCUUAGUUUCGUUU